UGUGCCACAGGAUCUCCUUUGGUCACUGUUGGCAAUAUAGAAAAUGUAGCAGCCACUACACCCACUGCAAAAUCUCACAAAUAGCAGUGAAAUAAAUGACCAGAUCAUCUGUUUUUAGGUGUUGGUCGAGGAUAAAUGUUGAGCAGGACACAAGGAAAACUCCCUUCUUCAGAGAGUGCCAAAGAAUCUUCUAUAUUUAGCUGAAAGGACAAAUAAAACCUAAAUCUAGCAUUCUUAUUUUGGGAUUUCUCAACAGCCAGUGCUGAAAGGGUUAGUACAGUGGGCGUGGCUUGACUGCAUUCCCUGGAAUUAAUGUGGCUCUGAAACGCAAUGGAUUUUUUAUUCGGCAUUGAAGAAAGGAGCCGGUAAUCAAUUGAAGUGAAACACAGGAGCUUGUGAUUGAAGAUGUGCAGAAUAGAUAAUCUGUUGGACAGAAAGCAGUUGAUGAAAGUAGGAAUCGCCUUAAUUAUAACUGGACAUUUAAACUUCAUUCUGGGAGCACUUAUCCAUGGCACAGUCCUGCGACAUGUCACUUUGCCAGGAGAUGGCAUUUCUGUUGAAUAUUCUGUUACCACCAUUAUGUCUGCAACCUCAGGAAUACUGACUAUUUGUACUGGAAUUGCAGUGAUUGUAUUAUCCGGGAACAUGCCUCGUAUACUACUGCAAUACAUUGUGUUCGCAAGUAGUAUGCUCAAUUCCUUCAUCUCCAUUGCCUGCAUGCUUGGUCUGGGAGUCUCGGUGGUGGUGACCAUUGGAAAUGGUGGAAGAACGUUGCUGACAGUUUGUCAUCUCAGCUCCACUAAGGAUAUUUUACAAGUAACAUACGAAUGUCCAUUUGACCCAACAAGAAUCUAUGAUACCACACUCGCGAUGUGGAUUCCAUGUCUGGUACUGUCUGGUGUGGAGGCUUUCCUGUCUAUUAGAUGUUUUUUUGUCUCGAUGAACUUACUGGGAGGCAAGAAGCAGCAACUCAAAAAUGAUAGGAGACAGGCCAGACAAAAAACUUUAGAAGAAAUUCAGGAAGCGGAUGAAGACAGUGAACUUCUGGAAGAAACUACAGUGAGAUUCUGGGUGUGACUACAAUCUACCCGAUUGACUGAUAAAACAGCUGUGAUAAGAUAAAGCAUACAUUCCUGAAGUAUAGGUCAAACAUAGGACAGCUGGGAUUUUCAGGCACUAAUAUAUUCUCUAAAAUUCAUUCUAUGCCUGCCUCAACAAGCACAAUUGUAAAGAUUUCACAGGAACGUGGAUAUUUUUAAAUCUCGUAUUUGUUCUUGAUAUAUUCAGUUUUAAUCUAUACAUUAUUUUCCAUCAAAUAUGAAACACUUUAAUGCAGCAAAUUGUUGUGAUGUGGAUUGCACUGCCUGAAAGGGUGGUAAGCAGAUUCCACAGUAACUUCCAAAAGAGAAUUGGAUAAAGACUUGAAAAACAAAAUGCAUGAAAAUAUAAUAAUUUUAAUAUUAUUGUAAUUUAUUGUAAAGGUAGGUUAAUGAUGGGAUUUGGAUAGUGUGUGUGUGUGUGUGUGUGUGUGUGUGUGAUUUAAUUGAAUUGGAGACAGUUGGUCUGGGGCUUUGAUGUAUCAAAAAGAAACGAGGUUUGAAAUGCUAAAUACUUAAACAUGGCUGCAGUUUUAGAAUGUGAGGUGUGGGGAAAAUUUGUGUUUUUAGAUAAACCAGAGUGGCAUUUCGAAGAGAUGAUAAGAUGUUACACCUAGCCAGUAGAAGCCAAGCCAGUGUGUUUAAUUUUCCCAAAAGCUACUUAUAAAAUUAGUACUAUGAAAAGAUUUAUGAGAAAAAUAAAGUUGCAAAAACAUAUAGGAACAAUGGAAUUUGCAUUAAAAGGGAGAAACAUGUAUAAAGAAGAUGAGAUUAUGGGCAAGGGGAGAAGGAAUUCUAAGAUCUAACACAAGUAUGAAAAGCCUCCAGCCUCUCUGCAUCAAGUUGCCGUCUAUAGGAACCAAAGCUGAGAAAACUCACUUUGUGUGUCAUUGUCUAGGGUAUUGUGUUAAUUUGUCUGGGUCUGUUUAAAUCUAUUUGUUUUUAUUGUUGCUUUAAAGGAGGUAUAACUAGAAGCCAGAUUAUUUAGAAGUUAUUAUAGUAGUAAUUUGUAGACUUAUGUAUGUGCUUAAAAUCUUUACUUUUGUUAAUAAAUGUUUUAUAUAGUUUUCUAAAGCCCUCUGAGGUCGUGGUAGUCUUAUCACUUCUGAAUUCAGGGCACACAACUCAAAAAUAAAAUACAAACUGCAAAACAGCUGUGGCAGCAGUUGCACGUUUCCCUCUGGAAUUUGAGCAGCUCGGCAUUUAUCUUCCGCUGUACCAUAACACUGGCAUAAACAUUAUUGGUUGAACUACC